AGAAUGUGUAUACCCGACUUCAUCUCAUCUCAUUAGUCAUAAAUAGAACACUUUUAGACGACAAAUAAAAAAAGUGUACAUAAAAUAAAUUCGACAAAAUAAAUAACUGACUUGACUAAUGUUGACGCCUAAGAGGGUAUUCUUAAACUACAAAAAACUAAGAAAAGAUAUUGUAUUAUUUAUUCAAUGAAUUCACUUCUUUCAUUGAUAGUUACUCUUUGUCUUAUUUUCACUCAAGUAAAUGCACUUGAUUUUCAUGAUUUUGAUCUUUUUGAAGAUUCACAAAAUUUCGAGCAAGACAUUGAUUCAUUCAUUGAAUUGUUUGAUGAUGAUGAAUCAAUGGACCUUCUUCUUAAUGACUUUUCAUUAAGUUCAAUUGGAAGUGCCAUAGGAAGAGCUGUUGACAAAGGAACUAAAUGGUUAGCAAAGAAUGGAGAAGCUAUUUCAAAUACUCUCGGUAAGGUUGCAGAUGUUGCAGGAACUGUUGGUAAAGUAGCUGGUACAGUUUCUAGUGUUGCAGGAAAAGUUGCAUCAUUUGUACCAAUUCCACAAGUAAAAGCAGCAGCUGGAGCUAUUGCAGCAGGUGCUAAAGCUGUACAAGGAGUAUCAAAAGUAGUAGAAAAAGGUGCAAGAAUAGGACAAAAAGUAGUGAAUGUAGCAACGACCGCAUCUAAGGCGUAUCAAGACAUAAAGAAUGGAAAGUCUAGUAGUUCAAGCAGUUCGAGUAGUUCUACUAGUUCAAGUAGUUCGAGUUCUAAAGGAAGUAAAUCUUCAAAAGGUGGAAAUCCAAUUUCAAAUCUCGUUAAUAAAGCUAAAGGUAUUAAUAAUAAAGUUCAAGGUAUUGCUAAAAAAGCUGGUAAAGUUGGUAAAACAAUUUCUAAAGUUGCAAACACUGUUAGUAAAUAUUCUGGUAAAGCAGGUAAAUUUGGAAAGGCUAUUAGUUCAGCUGCCAAUAAAGUAAAUAAAAUUGGUAAGGCUAUUAGUAAAACUUCCAAUACUGUUAGUAAAGCAAGUAAAAAAGUUGGUAAAUUCUUGGGUGGUGGAAAGAAAUCAAAAGGAGCUUCUAAAAAAGCUUCAAAACCUAAAAAAGUAUCUAAGCCUAAAAAAGUAUCUAAGCCUAAAAAAGUUUCAAAACCAAAGAAGGUAUCUAAACCAGCAAAACCUGCUAAAAGUAGGUCCAAAAAAUCUAAAAAGUAACAAAAUAAAAUAUCUAGUCAUUUCUGACAAUUCUUUCAUUUUUGAAGUUAUAAUUCAAUUUUGUUUGUUCA